GAUCAAUAACUCACACAUAAAUAUACAAAGAAUAUAUUUAUAAAGCCGUGACGUGUUUUCUAGUUGCUUCUUAAGAAUUCUUAUUAUUCUUAUUGGUUGUUAURCCAAGGGCAUUGAUUGUUCUUGUCCUGACCAUCGGACAGUCAUCAGUCUAUCAGCAAUCAUGCAGAACGCCGUUAAAAAGAGGACUUCUCCAGGAAAUUGAGCAGAACUAAGUAAGAAAUUGUACAGCCUUGUUGUCACCCUUACACUUGCAAACUGAAAGGCAAGAAAUGGUGAUCGUUUUAAUUGCUGGAGUGUGUGGCUGUGGAAAAUCAUCUGUUGGAAAGGCAUUGGCUGAAAAGAUAGGUUGGCCAUUUGAAGAUGCUGACAGUUUUCAUUCUACGGCAAAUGUCAGUAAAAUGAAGCAAGGAAUUCCCCUGACUGAUGAGGACAGGCUUCCUUGGUUGAGGUCUUUACAUAAACUCAUUCUAAAAUGGCGUGCUAAUUCUGAAUCUGGGAUUCUUGCCUGCUCAGCUCUCAAGAAUUGUUAYAGACAAAUUAUUCUCCAUGGCAAAGGAUCAACUACAGUAUGCACAGAUGAAUCAAAUCAGGAUUACAUAAUUGUGUUCUUAGAAGGUUCUAAACGACUUAUACAAGAAAGAAUGGUACAACGUGACCAACACUUUAUGCCACUCUCUUUACUUGAUUCUCAGUUUGAGGUCUUUGAGCCUUCAGACAACUCAUCUUGCUCACUAAAUAUCAAUAUUGAAAAACCAGUAGCUGAGAUAGUACAUGAAAUUAUUGAAAGAAUUAAUGAAAUACCUCACAAUUGAGUGCAGCAGAAAGAAGAACUUAUUUUAAUGAAAGCAUUUCUUCAUUAAUACAAUGUACAAGAUGAAAAAUGACAAUCUGAGAUACAAAUUACCCUGAUGUUUGGCAUCACAUUUAGCCAACGAUUUGUUCAGAACCAGUGUUGUGCUUGUUUGGUCUGCUGACAACAUGCCAGGAAAGAAAAUUGAUGAAGAGUUUGCAAGAGACUGCAAUCCUGUCUCAUUCUGCAUUUAUACAUGUGAUUUGCAUUGUUCUCCCCAAUACUGAUUGUGCUUUAAYGUGUUGUUAGCAUUAUUUUUCAAUUCUAUUUAGAAAAAUAGUAACCUUAUUGUAGUAAAACAAUGGGGAAAAAGCAGGUUUUAUCCAACAAAGCAAAGACAAGAAAAGCAAGAUCUCCCUAGAUGAGUCGUUAUGGCUCUUGGAGUAAACAAUUAGAAAAUAUAUGGUAAAAUAAUGAAAAAGAAAAGAAAAGCUGUAAUCGGAAAUAAACCUGUGUACAGUACUUAUUUAUACAACACACAAAAAGGUAAACUAGCCUGUAUGGACAGGUAACAACCCCAACUAACCCAGGUUUUGUGUUCAGCUACACGCAAGCUAAGUUAUAUAAGCAAGUGUAAAUGCAUAAAUUUCACAAGUAUCAAAUAAUGUUUAUUUAUCAUCAGAAUAGAUAUGAAGUAACACAUUUUUAUUUUGAAGAAUGUAAUGGUGUAUUGCAUAUUUAAGGUUUAAGGCAAGAAAGAGUCUCUAUUCAAAAUAUGUACAAGCUCAAAGCACAGAAAAUAAACCUGUGAAAUAGCUAGAUAUUAUUGCUAUGUGCUUCAAGCAGAAUGAAUCAAGUUGUAAGAAGAUAUUGUUUGUCAACCUUCCUGUGUAUAGAAUAUCAAUUAUCAAAUAGAUUUUAACCUUUAUCUAAUAACAAUCUAUGUUAACAGGUUUGGAUAUGGUUUGCACUAGCAGUUCCACCAGACAACUGAAUUUUGCAAGAAUACAAUAGCACCAUUUUACAAGCAUUACUUACUACAGUAGUAAUUAAUUUUUUUCACAGAUCUAUUAUUUGCAGACUAACUCACGAAUAUGGUCAAUGUGACAGUAAACUACUAAACAGUUUGUGACAAAACCUAUAAACGAUAUGAUAGGAGAUGAUAGGAUAUAUUCAACAUGAAUAAUAAUAUGUCCAUUGGAUACGUUUUCUUGAUGUGCAAGCUGGCACAAUACCUAUGUUUUAGUAUUUUAUCUAUGACAAAAUAAAUGGAAUUACAUUUGUACAAA